UUACAUCACCCCCACAAUAAUCUUCACCCUCUUGUUUUUCCUUUGAAUCAACACAAACUAGUGAAAAAGGUUGGCCUUUUUUUUUUUUUUUUUUAAAGUUCCCUUGAGAGCAAAAAAGAGAGAAUGGAACAUCAGUUUGUCAAAAAGCCAGUUGUAUCUUGAAGAGAUUUGAUUGAUUGAGAAAAACUAGGACCCAGUUAAAGGAUUGCUUGUGUUGUGUAUGCGUUUGAGGCCUUAGAUUUGCAAAAGAAGAAUGAUUACUGUGAUGAAUUCUGGGAACGAACCCAUGAAUGAAGUGGAAAAAUCCCUGGACCCCCAGUUAUGGCAUGCCUGCGCUGGCGGAAUGGUGCAAAUGUCACCUGUUAACUCCAAAGUUUUCUACUUUCCUCAAGGACAUGCUGAGCAUGCUCACAAAAGUGUGGAUUUCGGGACUUUUUGCACAAUCCCACCACUUAUUUUGUGUAGAGUCUCAUCAAUAAAGUACCUGGCUGAUACUGAGACUGAUGAGGUUUUCGCUAAAAUAAGAUUGGUUCCGCUGAGAGGAAAUGAAUGUAGCGAUGAUGAUGGUGAUGAUGGAUUGUUGGCUUUUGAUAAGAAUGACGGUCAGGAAAAGCCUAGUUCUUUUGCAAAGACAUUAACACAGUCUGAUGCAAACAACGGUGGGGGUUUCUCUGUGCCACGGUACUGUGCUGAGACCAUAUUUCCGCGGUUGGACUAUUCAGCUGAACCCCCAGUUCAGACUAUUUUGGCCAAAGAUGUUCAUGGGGAGAUAUGGAAAUUUAGGCAUAUUUACAGGGGGACACCGCGUCGUCAUCUUUUGACGACUGGAUGGAGUAAUUUUGUGAACCAGAAGAAGCUUGUUGCAGGGGACUCGAUUGUGUUUUUGAGAGCUGAAAAUGGGGAUCUUUGUGUUGGGAUCAGAAGAGCGAAGAGAGGAAUUGGUGGUGGACCUGAGGCACCAUCUGGAUGGAAUACCAGUGCUGGGAAUUGCACCUCCUCUUUGUAUGGGGGAUUCUCCAGGCUUCUAGGUGAAGAGGAAAACAGGAUCAUGAGGAAUCCUAAGGGAGGGACUAAUAACAGUGACAUAGGUGCUAGGGGAAGGGGUAAAGUUAGGGCAGAAUCUGUUGUUGAAGCAGCCAAUCUUGCUGCCAGUGGGCAGGCAUUUGAGGUUAUUUACUAUCCACGUGCAAGCACGCCGGAGUUUGUUGUAAAGGCCUCAGCUGUAAAGGCUGCAAUAAGAAUUCAGUGGUGUUCCGGGAUGAGAUUCAAGAUGCCUUUCGAGACAGAAGAUUCAUCACGGAUAAGCUGGUUUAUGGGAACUAUAUCCUCUGUUCAAGUUGAUGACCGCAUCCAUUGGCCUAAUUCUCCCUGGCGCCUUCUCCAGGUUGCAUGGGAUGAACCAGAUUUACUUCAGAAUGUUAAGCGAGUCAGUCCAUGGUUGGUUGAGCUGGUAUCAAAUAUGCCUGCCAUCAAUCUUUGCCCCUUUUCCCCACCAAGAAAGAAGUUGAGGCUUCCACAACCUCCGGAAUUUCCCCUUGUUGGCCAACUUCCAAUGCCAUCACUAUUCAGCAACCCCUUAAGCCCAAGUAGUCCCUUGUGUUGUUUACCAGACAAGAUUCCUGCAGGCAUACAGGGAGCCAGGCAUGCUCAAUUCGGAUUACCCUCAUCAGAACCGCAUUUCAAUAAACUGCAGGCGGGCCUCUUCCCGUUCAAACUGAAGCAGCUUGAACAUGCUGCUGCCGCAGCUUCUAGAAUCCCUAACAGUAGCUGCUUCAUGGAAGAUUAUGAAUCCAAGGAUAAUGUAUCUUGCGUGUUGACUAUCGGAAAUUCUGUACAAGGAUCGAAGCCUAAUGUUCGUACAGAAGCACCCCUGUUUGUUUUGUUUGGUCAACCAAUUCUCACUGAGCAGCAGAUCUCCCAGAGCUCCUCUGGGGAUACAGCUCGCAGCAGUUUAUCAGAGAGGAAUCCAGAAAAUACUGUAACUGUCUCUGGUGGUUCAGGAUCAGGAGUUCUUCAGAGUGGUCAUCCAGAGAACUCUCUAGAUCAAGUCCUUCCGUGGUACAAAGAUCCCAAACUUGAAUUUGGAUUGGAGACAGGUCACUGUAAGGUGUUUAUGGAAUCUGAAGACGUUGGCCGGACUCUGGACCUGUCAGUUUUUGGCUCUUAUGAGGAGCUCUAUGGAAAGCUGGCAGAGAUGUUUGGUCUUGAAAGAUCAGAGAUGCUGAGCAAUGUGCUUUAUCAGGACCCGGCUGGCGUUGUUAAGCACAGUGGAGAUGAACCAUUCAGCGACUUCCUGAAAGCAGCAAGAAGGAUAACAAUUCUAACCGACUCGGGCAGUGACAACGUAUGCCGAUAGAGGGAAGAAUUGAUCUUCUUCAUUAGUUGUACAUUUGAAUGUCAAGCCUUAGUUAGGAUGCAUCUUUUCGUUUCAUGUUUUUUUUUUCUUUUGUUCUCAGUUGUUGGGAUAAAAAGACCAUGGAUCUUUUAUACCACUUCCUAUUCCAAUCUGUCAAGGAAGACAACAUGUCUCUGUAACUUUGUGAUGAAAAGCUGUUUGAGUAAACACACGGGACAUUUUUAUUAAGACAGAAAAGGAAGUUGUAUAAAAGAUCUUUUGCCGGAACAAAUGCCUACCCUGCAACCAGUAUGACCAUUUCAGCUGAUGACUUAAUUGGCCA